AUGAAAAUUAAAAGACAAAAAUUAUAUAAAAAAACAAUUCAAUUUUAUAAAGCAAAUUAUUCAUAUAAAGAGCCUUUCUCUGUUUUAAUGGACCCAGGUUUCAUUAAAAAAUGUCUAAAUAUGAAUAUUUUCUUUAAAGAAGCGUUACCAAAAAUAUUAGAAUCAAAAGUUAGUUUUUUUAUAACACCAUGUUGUAUUGCAGAAAUGAAAAGAAAACCAAGAGAAUAUUCAAAUGAUUUAAUAUCAACAUGUAAAAGAAUUGAAUAUUUUCAAUGUGACCAUAAACAUUCAGCAGAUGAACAAAAUAUGGUUCAAAAAUGUUUUGAAGAUAUUAGUAUUAAACAAUCAAAUACAUUCUUUUUCGCAGUUCAAGAUCAUGAUCAUAGAUUAUUAUUAAGAAAGAAUCCUGGUAUUCCAAUUUUAUUCGUUUUAACCAAUUUAAUCAUUUUAGAGAAACCUACAACUUCUUCAUAUCAAACAAUGAUUAAAACUCAUAAAGCAAUCACUCAAAUUAAUCCAAGAGAAAAACAAAUGUUAUUAAAAUUAAAACAUGGUGAUAAUUAUAAUCCUGAAAUUCAUAAUACAAAAUCUAAACAACAACCAUCAUCAUCACAAAAACAAACUACCACUACCACCACCACAUCCUCAAAACAAAUACCAACUAAACAAACCAAAUCUACAACUACACCAAAACAAAAACAACAACAAAUACCACAAACAGAAACAACAACAACAACAACAACAACAACAACAACAACAACAACUACUUCUACAGCAACAUCAAGUAUUGAACCAAAGGAAGAGGAAUCUAAGAAAAUUGAACAACCAAAAGAAAAAAAUAAUAAAAAAGAUAAAGAAGAAAUCAAAAGUGAAGAAAAGAUUGUUGAAAAACCAAAUUUAAAGAGAAAAUUAGAUAGUUUCGAUAAUGAUAAACCAAUUUCUGCAAAUGUAGAAGCAACAACAGCAACACCAGUUACAACAACAACAACACCAGUUACAACAACAAAUGAAAAUGGUAAUAGUGAUAAUAGCAAGAAUACAAAACAAACAAAAAAAUCAAAGAAAGAUGAGAAAUUAACACCAGAGGAGAUUGCAUUAAAAAAAGAAAGACUAGAAUUAACUGCAGAGGAAAAAGCUAAAAAGAAACAAAAAUGGGUUGAAGAGAGAAAGAAAUUGAGGGAAAAGAAAUUAAAGAAAAAAGAAGCAAUUAAAAAAGCAAUGGAAAUUAGGAAAAAGAGAAUUGAAAGUGGUGAUACUCAUAAAAGAACCAGAAGAAAGAGAAGUAAAACUCUUAAAGUAAAAAAAACUCAAGAAAAAUAA